AGUUUUCCAUUUUCUUUAGUCCGUGCUCGAGAAUGUUAAGGAAUAUACUUCGUACCAGCCGUUGGCUGGCACGCAAACGAAUCGAUAUUGGGUCUCCAGUUAACAUUCGUUAUAUAUCUUGUGUUCGAUGCCCACAAAUUACAUAUUACUGGGCCUCAUCACUCAAGUUUUCUACGUCUCCAUCAGAUAAAUUAGAAACUACUGAACAUAUUGACCCGGCAGUAUUUGAGGAAAUCUGCAAUGAAACGUUAGAAUCACUAUGUGAAUAUUUUGAAGAAAUAGUCGACCAAUCGCCUAGUUUAAAAGGUGCUGAUGUAACAUACAGUGAUGGGGUUUUGACUGUUGCACUAGGACCACAACAUGGAACUUAUGUAAUAAAUAGACAAACACCAAAUAAACAGAUUUGGCUCAGUUCGCCAUUAUCCGGCCCAAAACGCUAUGACCUAGUUCUCAAAGAUGGAGGCUACUGGAUCUACAAACAUGACGGUGUCCCUUUACAUAGGCUUUUACAGGAUGAAAUAUCUAAACUAGUUGACAUUGAAAUAGAAUUCAAUAAAUGUGCACAUAGCUUAAUAUAAUUUAUUUUUACUGAAAGUAAAUAGGUUUGCUAUUAGAUUUUAGUUUUAUUUUAAUUAUAACAAGAUGGAAGUGAUUGAAGAUGGAAAUAUUAUGGACAGAAUUCCAAUCCUGCUUCAAAGGGAUUUGGAAUAUUAUCAGGCAAACCAGACAGUUUUGUCAGAAACCAUUUGUCCUAGUGUAGUUGGAGGAAGAUUGGAUUUUCCUCGUAAUGCCUCAUUUGCUUCUGUGAAAAUCGUACUAUGGCUGGAAGAAGAAUUCACAAUUGCAUUCAAACACGGCUCUGGUAUGUUUGUCACAAUAGAAGAUGAGGACAAUGGUGGAGUAGCAAAAACUUCUGAUCCUGAUAAAUUUGUUCAAUUAGCCAUUAAGUCGAGUGAUUCAUUACUUGAGCAUCUCCACAUGUUGGCUCAAGAGGCACUCGAUCAUGCUGACUUGCCAGUACUGACGGCUACUCUUGGUGCCGCAGCUUUGCUCAAAAAUACUCUGUUUUGUUACCUUCAGCAUGCCGAAGACAUGGCUAGCGCAGAGAGCCAAUCCUUAUUGCAGGCCUGUUACAAACGUUACGUGAGCAUGUCGGAAGCAGUCGCCGAAAGAGUUCUGGACCUCCACAACCGCGUUCUAUCUUUGUACAUCCUGCAAGACUCCGGAGGAAGACCGGUGGAAGGUGACUCUCGUGGUCCUCAUCACGCAGGGACGCCUUCCGUCCAAGGCUGGUGGCUAUAUAUGAAUGGUAGUCGAAAAGACUUGUGGAAUACAGUACCUCCGAGAAUGGCACAAAGAAUUUUUGCUGGCAUGCUCAACGAGACACUCACAAUUUUAACUGUCAGAUAUUGCCAGACGCACACUAACGAAGCCACGACCAAAUUGCUCCUUAACGAUAUACUGAACAUUUUACUUUGUGUCGCACAACUGCUGCCCUCUAUAUGCAACAACGGUUCAGACUUGGCAGGUCUCGAUGUCAAAUAUCAGACGCGUGAUGUCAGAGACGUUCACGCCAAGUGCAAUGAGCUCUUCAAAUGUUUCGUAUACAGGGGUGCUGAUCUACAUUUCAUAAAUCAGGCGUUUAAAGAGCAGAAAGAAAACCCGGUGCAGAUCAAGGAAUAUCCGAGCCCUUGGUUCACGUUCGUCAGUCCGCGUUUAUUCGAUAGCAAUUUCGACGAUUCUCUGGGAGCAGUCAGCAGUACUAGACUUCUGCCAAACGCUACUGGCGUAGGCCUAGAGCUGACUGUGUUGCUGGCUCAACCGCAGCCAUGUUGGGCUUUAUUAGUAAAGGUGUUAAUAAUGAGGAACUGUCACUUGGCUCGGUAUUUGCUGAGUACGGGCAUGCGCGCUGCGUGUACUGAUAACCAGCGAUGGCCUUCCGGCGGUCGUUGGUAUUACACGCAUACGCCGUGUAGUGGUUCACUCUGCACCGCAGACGGACACUGUGUGUUCCAACCCGAUGCCGACGCUGGAGUGGAAUAUGCCAGAGCGGUGGGUGCGUUAACGCAUAUAUUGUGUAUGGUUGGCAGUAAAGUUGAACUGAAUUCUACAUUAUGCUACGCUCUAGAAAUAUCUGGCCGCGACUGGGCUUCAUGUUUGGAUAAGCGACAGGUGUGGUGUGACCGGAGACCCGCGUGGUUAGCCGGUGUGCUGGCCACAAUCGGUACUUGUCUUAACUACAUACCGCCCAUACUAGUUAACGCUGUUCGGUCAGCAGCCUCUAUCUACCAGACGAUGUCGUUAUGUUUGAGCUGCAUAUCCCGCACAUUGGACUGUAUACCUUGCUGCUUUGUGAACGCGUGCACCGUUAUAGAGCGUAGUCUACCAUCGGGCGUGAAUCCAGUGGGUGGAUCUGUGAUGCUUCAAUUGGUCAUUACACGACUGUACGAGGAGAUAAUCAGCUGGGCACAAAAGGAGGCCGCUAGCGAAAAGGCUGCCAGCACCGGCAACGGUGAAGCCAACCAAAUGAAAGCGACACCAAACAGACCAAAACAUAAACAAGUCCGAAUUGUCAGUCUCGGUGAUACUGCCACAUCGAGGUCGGUGAGUUUUGAUGGCAGUCAAAGUACUGGUUCGUGCAUAGCGUUAGCAAUAGCCGAAGCUCUGUGCUCGAUCGACGAAGAUGACAAACACACGCAACAGAUCAUACAAUUAGUAGCUCAGUCCAAGAAAUCAUUUGCACUUUCUAAUAUGUUUGGAUUGGAAGAUUUUCCGGAAUUUGCUGAGUUAUUCCAAGAGGGUGAUGUGCCUGCAAACGCGGAACGUGCGGGCGACGCUGCCGCACUCACAACUCAGAUACUGAUGUCCGCACCUGGCAGAGACAGCAUGAGGGUCAUCUACGAUCAUAUACAACUACACGCUGACAGGAUUUUCAAAGAGCUUGGUGUGCAAGAGGAGAGCGAUCAUGAUGUGUCAUUAAGUAAUGCGCCGCUUCUUUACAUCAUGUUUCAUAUCGGAAGACGACCCUUUGAUCAGUAUCUUCGUGGGGAGUGGCCAUUGCCAUGGAGUAAGCUGGUGGGACGGUGUCGAGUAUGGGGCGCUGACGGAGCCCUCGUGCACGUAAACAGAAGAAGUGACGUUCCUCGACGACAAUCAAGGCCAUCACGUCGGCCACUGCAGCCGUAUGGGAUGUUGCACUCUCAUACGCCAUCUGAAGCCCCGCCCAAAAUGUAGAGGGUAUUAGAGCACGUCAACGGAUGUAGGUAUCGGACCAUAAUUCUAAAUCUUCGCGCUUGCUGCUAACGUCAUAUAAUUGGACAUAUUAAAAUAGGUGUGAUGUAUCCCACCGUCAUUCGUGACUGUCGCGUCAGCUGCUACAGCCGUAUGGAAAGUUAUACUUCCAUAUGACAUCUGAAGACCCGCCCAAAACGUAGAGAGUAUUAGUGUAUGUCAACGGAUGUAGUAUCUACCGGACCAUCUCUCUAAAUCUUCGCGCUUGCUGCUAUUGGAAAGUGCCCAGUUGUGCAAGUUAAUAGGGGUAACGUAUCUUGCCGUCAUUCGUGACUAUUGCGACAGCCACUGCAACCGUACGGGAUGUUACACUCCCACACGCCUUCUGAAGCCCUACCCGAGAUAUAGAGGGUAUUAGUGUACGUCAACGGAUUUAGUACCUACUGGAUCAUCACUCUAAAUCUUCGCGCUUGCUGCUAUAGUCAUACUUAAGCCCUGGAAAGGGCCCAGUUAUGCAAGUCAAUAGGGGUAUGGAAUGUAACACUCGGCUUUAUUCUAGGUGGAAGUGGUUCUCUUGCACGUAAAAGAGAUAGAGUUAUGUACCCCACUGUCAUUCGUGACCAUCGUGCGGCCACCAUAGCCGUAUAGGAUUUACACUCUUAUACGCCAUUUAUGUGUUCACUGCAUUGUCCACUGCUGACUACUAGCUGUAGCUCCGCUCUGGAUGGAUGAAGACGGUGUGAAGUCUACAGAAGCGGCGAUGUAUCCCGCUUACGACAUUUGCUCCGGCUGCUCCAGACGUAUGUGAUGUUACACUACCCCCACCAACUGAAUACCUGCUCUAGAUUAGGGGGAUUUAGUAUACGUAAACAGAUGCGGUAAUGUACACCUACUAUUACUCGUGGUUUGAGUGGCAGAUUUGUUAUAUCUGUAGACCACAGAUCGGCACAAAUUUCACAGACACUCUAAUAUUAAUAAAUUAUUUAAAAUAUUCACAUCAUAAAAUCAGAAUUAAUCAACUUCGUAGAUUAUUAUUAUAUCAUUACGACUGUUCACGUGUCAUUAUUCAAAGCCCUAUCGUUGUUAUUUCUCUUUUCAAAGUGUUUGAUUGAGAUGCAAACAUAAGUACGUUUGGUUGAGUGCUAAGUCUGAACAAAGCUUUAACCAAAUAUAAAAAAUUUAGUAUUUAACUAAUAUAAUACAUGUUUUGUGGAAAUAAUCAAAUAAUACAUGCUUUUUUUUUCUUUGAAAAUAUAUAUGUCGCUAAUUUU